AUGCCUGGUGUUCUUGAAAACUCAGUAGCGACGGAGGUCCCCGGCCCCUUGUCCAAGGCCGCUGCGAAGCAGCUGGACCAAGUCUUCGAUGCACGUGCAGUGCACUUCGUCGUAGACUACGACAAGAGCGAGGGAACAUACAUUGUUGACGUUGACGGCAAUCGCUUUCUCGAUGUUUACUCUCAAAUCGCAUCUAUCCCUAUCGGAUACAACCACCCAGCGGCAAUCGCCGCCGCGCAAUCGCCGGAGAUGAUCUCGGCACUUGUCAACCGUCCCGCCAUUGGAAACUUCCCGUCGAAAGUCUGGGGAGACAUCCUCCAGAAUGGCCUGCUCAAGGUAGCCCCCAAGGGUCUGGACAAGAUCUUCACCGCACAGUCUGGCUCUGAGGCCAACGAACUGGCUUUCAAGGCUGCCUUUAUGCUCUACAGACGCAAGGAGCGCGGUGAGGGCGUCGAGUGGACUGAGGAGGAGAUCAAGUCUUGCCUCAACAACUCCAAGCCCGGUUCCCCGGACCUGGCCGUGCUGAGUUUCGAGAACUCGUUCCACGGCCGUGGCUUUGGCAGUUUGUCCUGCACGCGAUCCAAGGCAGUUCACAAGCUCGAUAUCCCUGCUUUCAACUGGCCUCAGGCUCCUUUCCCCGCCCGGAAAUACCCUCUGGAGAAGUAUGAGGCUGAGAACGAGGCUGAGGAGCAGCGAUGCCUGCAGGCUGUUGAGAACCUUAUUACAUCCUGGCACUGUCCCGUUGCGGCUCUCAUUGUUGAGCCCAUUCAGAGCGAGGGUGGUGAUAACCACGCCUCUCCUGCAUUCUUCCAGGGACUGCGAGAUCUCACCAAGAAGCACGGAGUAGUCAUGAUCGUUGAUGAGGUUCAAACAGGUUUCGGUGCCACCGGCAAGUUCUGGGGCCAUGAGCACUUCAACUUGACCUCACCUCCUGACAUGGUCACCUUCUCCAAGAAGGCUCAGACCGCCGGUUACUAUUUCGGCGACCGUGCGUUGGUCCCUGAUAAGGCAUACCGCCAAUUCAACACAUGGAUCGGCGAUGCCGCCCGCGUCAUCAUGAGCAAGGCCAUCAUCAACGAGGUUCUCGACAAGGACCUUGUGGCACAAUGCGCCCGCGUUGGCGACGCUCUGUACGCCGAGAUGGAGAAGCUCGCCCAGAAGUACCCUGAACACGUGAUGAACCUCCGUGGCAAGGGCCAGGGCACUUACAUUGCCUUCGACACCCAGGAUGCCGCCGGUCUCGUGAAGUCCAUGAAGAGCUUGGGCGUCCUUACUGGCACGUGUGGCCUCCAGACUGUCAGACUACGACCUAUGCUCAUCUUCGAGGAGAAGCACAUCCCGACUCUGAUCGGCGCAUUCGACAAGGUACUCGGAAGCUUGUGA